AUGAAGAAUUACGAAAGGAGAUCAACGAUUGGAGGGCGCAAAAUACCGGAGUCAAAAGCUGCCAAUCGACUCAACGUUUUGAUCAUUGGAGCCGGACCAUGUGGACUUCGGACGGCGAUCGAGUGCGCUCUUCUGGGAUCGCGGGUUGUGCUCAUCGAGCAACGGGACAAAUUUAGUCGAAACAACGUGUUACAUCUUUGGGAGUUCGUCAUUCAUGAUCUGAAGUCCUUUGGCGCGAAGAUUUUCUACCCAAAGUUCUGCACGGGAAGCAUCGAGCAUAUUAGUAUUCGCCAAAUGCAGUGCAUCCUGCUUAAAGUCGCCCUUUGUUACGGUGUCCAAGUGUAUGAGGGUGUCACCUACAAGGAUCUUCUCACGCCGCAACCAAGAUUCGACAAGAAUGAAACUUACUCGGGUUUCCGUGCCUCACUUGAACCAGCCGAUCACCUACUUGGCGAUUACGAAUUCGACGUGCUGAUUGGAGCCGAUGGGAAAAGAAACACCAUAAAAGGAUUCUCACGUGACGAGAUGCGCGGAAAAUUGGCAAUCGGAAUCACGGCCAAUUUCGUGAAUCGACAUACGGCUGCCGAAGAAAGAGUGCCCGAAAUAAGCGGUGUCGCCUACAUCUUUAAUCAGGCGUUCUUCAAGGAAAUGCACGCAACAACGGGAGUCGAUCUUGAAAACAUUGUCUACUAUAAGGAUGAAACUCACUACUUUGUGAUGUGCGCGAAGAAGCAGAGUCUGCUCGAGCAGGGCGUCAUUUUGAAGGAUUGCGAAGACGUGAACGUGUUGUUGUCGGCGGAAAAUGUGAACAAAGAGCAACUCUGCCGGUACGCCUACUCGGCAGCGCAAUUCGCGACAAAUGGCAAACUACCGAUCCUGGACUACGCGACAAAUCACAAGAGUCAGCCCGACAUUGCAAUGUUCGAUUUCACGUCGCUUUACUCAAGUAAGUACAGCGUUCGACUAAUUGAGCGAAACAAACGACGACUUUUGCUGGGAAUCGUUGGCGAUAGCUUGCAUGAGCCAUUUUGGCCGACCGGCUCUGGAUGUGCUCGCGGAUUUCUUGGUGUCAUGGACACGGCGUGGUUGAUCAAGGAGUACGGGAUGAACGAACGGGAACCCCUUCAACUUAUCGCCGAACGUGAAAGCAUUUAUCGGUUGUUGGCUCAAGUCACCAAGGACAAUCUGCACAAACAGUUGACGAAAUUCACGAUCGACCCGAAAACCCGUUAUGUGUCCUUGGAAAUAACGAUGCGACCGGAGGAUGUUGUGGAAAUCGUGGACUCUGAUGCUCCGAGAUCGAUCUACCACCGGCAACCCCAUCCGCGGCUCGACGCACACGAGCAUCCGGAAAGAAUGAAAUACGCGGCGUGGAGAUUCCUGACCCAUGCUCUGACACCGUACAAGCUGAAGCUCUACGAUAUGAACACGUCGUGGAACGACGGGAUGGCGCUGGCUGCAUUGGUGGCGAAAUUUCGACCCGAAUGCUUGGAUUAUUUUAACGUGUUGAGCUCGAGCGAACGGCCAAAGGAUCGCUUGGAAAUGGUCUUCUCGCGAGUCCGUGAACACUUGGAGAUCGCCGAGCCGUGCACCCCUGAACAAUGGCCAAGAUUGAGUGAAGAGUUGAAGUUGGACUACAUUUACGCGUUGAUCGGUCUCAUCAAAUCGGAUAUGUACCGGGUGCGCUCGAUUUUGAUCACACCGCGGAGCGCCGCCAGUAAACGACCGAAACCGAUGCCCACAAAGUUCGACACAUCAAAAGCGAAGAAGUCGGCGGUGAUCGAGAAUCUUCACGGGCAAAUCAAAGCCUUUUACGAAAGAGGGAAACCCACCGAUCAGCCAACGCCGCCACCGUUGAGGAGACAAUUGGAGCAUUUACCCAGCAUUGAAGAACCCACGGACGAUUCACGAUAUCUCACCAAAAAGCCGCAGGUGAGUGCCCUUGAUCCGGCUCUUGUUGGACGCGUCGAAAAGUUUAUCACCGGCAAGCGUGAGGAAAAUAAGGCAAAGAUUAGUGUUGAAGAGGUGGAACAAGUCGAGAUUCAGCGACAAGAAGUGAGAGAAGUUGUGGUUGAUGAGGGACAACAACUGGCAAACAUCAGCGGUCAAGAGGAAAAGAUUCCGCAACUGCCCGAACCCGAUUCACAAUCACCAUCGUUGACGUUGGUUACACGACGACAAGACGGAUCGGUGGUGAUGCGGCCCGUUGCCCCCGUACAACCAAAGCGUCAAGUGCACUCGAUGCCCGAUGUCGACGCGUUGUACGAUAGUGUCAAUCCAAGGCGACAAAACACGUGUCAAUUAUGCAAUGAGGUGGUUUUCUUGGCCGAACGAAUGCAAGUCGAAUCGAUUCAACCGCUUCGUUUGGGCGAGUGUGGACAGGAUCGCGAGUUAGACAAGAUCGAGAAUUACCGCAAUAAGUUUUUCUGCAAAACGCAUCUCCGUUUACCGCUUCGGGAAAAGAUCGGAAGAAUCGAGUAUACGAAGAAAAAGGCGUUGGCUAAACAGGCUUCACAAGACGAAGGUGCCUCAUCGGACUCAUCAAAGGGGAAUCUCAGCGAAUCACCCGCUCAAAUCAUCAAUCCCUCAUCGUCGAACAUGUUACACUACUAUGGAUCCGAUCAGAGAAGACUACAAGACUUGGUGUUGCCAAACGCGAAACGUGUGCUCACGUCGCCGGUGGAUUCGGAUCAAAAUGGCCUCCUCUCGACACCCGAAAGAGCCGCCUUUGACGCGCAACAAGAAAGGCCGAAAUUCAUUAAAAAAGCCGUUGACAUCGACAGUGAAUCUGAAGAAGAGGGAACGAGCGGGAGUAAUAGUUCAAGGGAAAGAACCGGAUCGUCGAGUUGCUAUUACUCAUCAAAAGAGGAGACGGACAGCUCGCUGCGAUCCCGCUCGAAUACACAAGACGUCGAUUUAAAUCAGACUUUCAUCGACGACGAGGGGAAUCACGAUGAAUCGCUGUCGGAUGAGGAGGAUAAUUUCGCGGAAGAGGAUUUACAGGAACUCGAGAAGACCGUUUUGGAGAUCACCGAGCAAAAUCCGAGCAAUAAGAUUGAGGAGUCGAUCGCUCGAUCGGUUUUGGAGCGAAUAAACAGCCGCCGGCGUGAGUCGAUACGACACGAAAGCAUACGCCAUACGGCGACGAAUUUCAAUCAAAUGGGAGCCGACACGUCGACGAAAGUUGAUCAACCCGGGCAUCGAUCCGAAUCCACUUUAAUGAGAGGAUCAUCCGUUGAUUUGGAUCGUUUACGAGAAGAGGCGAGAAGGAGAGCCCGAAUGAAAAGCGAUGAGCAGCUGGGGAUUUUGAACACGCCGUUGAAUCGGGCGGCGACAACGGGACAAUUGGAUGACUCGGCUCAACUGCCCACAAUGCUCAACCAAGUCGAUCUGCGGAGGCAGGCUUUCUCGGCUUCUCGCGCGGACACGGCUCCCGAAAGUGACCUCAUGGCGCCACCAUUACCCGCCAGAACUCCGCCGAAACAAACAUUUUACGGUUUCCUUUCACCGAAUUUACAACACCGAAGCACCACCACGACGGCUUUGACGGAAAGCGCUGAAAAAAUUAAAGAGCCAAUCCAAUCGGAAAGCUCAAAAGAGAACGGUUUGCGCGCGCGGAACUCAAUCUGGGAUCAAUUGCGCGGGCAACGCAAUCACUCGCCGAUUGCCCCAAUUGAAGCGUUUCGUGGAGUGCCGCUUGCAUCGCCAAGUCUUGUCAUCAAUUCCGGAUCAUGUCCCCUUGUGCUGCUGUUGCCCCAUCGCCCCGACCACCAGCGACGACCAUCGCAAAAACGACAGUCUUUAAGAGGGGCGAGAAGAUUCGCCGACAACACGAAGAGGACCGACUCCGAACGGCGCAAGAUCUGCAACGACAACUCGACGAAUCAGAGACCCGCUUGGAAGCGAUUGAGCGACGGGGACGGGGUUGUCGAGGCGAAUCUCAACUCGGAUCCAACAAGUGUUGAUCUGCUCUCUGAAUGGCGUUCCCUUGUUCAAGAAAAACAAAUCUUGACUGAUCGCGAAAAAGAUCUCCAGCUAAAGGCGAAAGAAGUACGAUUGGAGCAUCGCUAUCGAGAAUUGGACGCGCUCAUCAACCAGCAAAACGAUUUGAAACGAGGCAACGACGAUGACGAUGAAAAGGCUUCCCUGCUUCGCGAAAUGCUUUCGAUUAUCGAUCAACGGAAAGAGCUGAAACGGGAAUUGGACGAGACGAAUGUGACGUGGAGGAGGCGAAAAGUGAAACAAUCAGAUUCGACUUCUCAUCCAUCUCGGGCCACCACCCACACAGCUGCCGUCGAUUAUCGUCAAUGCAAUCCGGUCUUUCUUUGCAUA